CACCAAAAAGAGGAUUCAACGCUGCACAUGCGCAAUCGCUAUUUAAUGAGCAACAAAAAGUUGGUGCUGUCCACUUCAGAGUUAUCAGUUCAAGAAGUCAUUUUGUUCCAGCAUAAAAAUAAUUAUAUAAAAUCAUGGAUCCCAUAAGGUUUGGAAUUAUAACUGUUAGUGACAGCUGUUUCACGAAAAAAAAUAAAGACAAAAGUGGGCCUGCAAUAAAAGAUUGUAUUACUAAUGAUAAGUAUGAAAUUGGCCAAAUUCUUAAAGGACAAGUAUAUUGUAAGAUCAUUGUACCAGAUGACGAAUUUAUAUUAAAGGAAAAUUUAAUUUCUUGGUGUGACAAUAAACAAGUGGAUGUUAUUUUAACAAUCGGUGGCACUGGAUUUUCUGAAAGGGAUGUUACUCCUGAAGUAACAAAACAAAUUAUUCAAAAAGAAACCCCUGGUAUUGUUAUAGCAAUGUUAACUUCAAGUUUAAAAAUUACUCCAAUGGCUAUGUUGUCUAGAGCUGUAUGUGGAAUACGAAAUCAAACAUUAAUUGUUAAUUUACCUGGAUCACCAAAAGCUGCUAAGGAGUGCUUAACUGUAAUUGCACCUGCCAUACCACAUGCAGUCGAUUUAAUGAGAGAUAAUAGAAACAAAAUUAAAAAUACACAUGAACGCAUACAAAGUAGUUUUCCUGUUUGUUCACACAAAUCUCAAGAUAGUACACCUUUGUGUUUAGGAAAUGUAGUUGAACGUUAUAGAGAAUCACCAUAUCCAAUGAUUUCUGUUGAAGAAGCUUUACAAAUAAUAGGUAAAUGCACAGAUCCAUUAAAAUCCAUAUCAGAGGUAGAUGUUGAAAAAGCUCAUGGUAGAAUAUUGGGUAGUGAUUUAUAUUCUAAAUACAAUUUGCCGCCGUUCAGAGCAUCUAUUAAAGAUGGUUAUGCAGUGUUAGCAAGUGAUGGAAAAGGCAAGAGAAAAGUUUUAAGUGGAAUAAAAGCUGGAGAUGUUGCUUCUGCAAUUAAACUUCAGCCUGGUACAUGUGUCAGAGUAAAUACAGGUGCUCCUAUUCCGGAUGAUGCAACUGCAGUUGUACAAGUUGAAGAUACUAAACUUCUAAAAGGAACUUUAGAUAAUACAGAGGAGAAAGAAAUUGAAAUUAUGACAGAAAUAAAACCUGGGCAAGAUAUUAGACCUAUUGGCUGUGAUAUUAAGAAAGGGGAGUUCAUUCUGAAGGCGGGAACAAAACUUGAAGCGGUAGAAUUAGGCCUUCUUUCAGCAUGUGGUUACAAAGAAGUAUCAGUUUUCGAUCUUCCAAAGGUUGGUGUGUUAUCUACUGGAGAUGAAUUACAGUGUCCUGGAAAAGUUUUAAUGCCAGGACAUGUAUAUGAUAGUAAUAAAAUUACUUUGUUAUCGAUACUGAAAGAGCAUGGCAUUAAUCCUAUAGAUAUGGGUAUUGCACAGGAUGAAGAGACUGUCAUGGUGAACAAAAUUAAACAUGCUUUAAAUCAAGUUGAUGUACUUAUUACAUCAGGUUCUGUAUCAAUGGGUGAUAGAGAUAUGUUGAAACCCAUCCUUCAGCAUCACUUUAAUGCAACAAUACAUUUUGGACGUGUGAAUAUGAAACCUGGAAAACCAACAACUUUUGCAACAUGCUUAUUUAAAGAUAGAAAAAAAUAUUUUCUGUGUUUACCGGGUAAUCCAGUGUCCGCUACCGUUACCAUGUCCUUAUUUGCAUUACCUGUACUGAAGUUGUUAUCUAAGGACGAAUCUAUGCCUACCAUUUUAAAAGCUCAAUUAAUGUCCUCAUAUAUUUUGGAUGCACGGCCUGAAUAUGCUAGGGCAAUUUUAAAAUGGAAUAAUACAAAAGACCUACCAGUGGCUUACAGUACUGGAAAUCAAAUAAGUAGUAAAUUACUUAGUUGUAAAAAAGCAAAUGCAUUGUUAAUGUUACCGGCGCGUACGACGGAAAAACCUGAAUUACAUCAAGAAGACAUAGUGCAAGCAAUGUUGUUAGGAUUGCCACAAUAUACAUAAUUAAA